CUUGAUACUAAAAUACAUGAAAAUUGGUUAAGUAUGGAAUCACAUGGCCAUAGCAAGAGGGUACCAAGCCGGCAAGGCAUGGCUUGGUACCAAGACAUGAAAAGCAUGAAUUUGGCUAAGUAUGAAGCCAAAGGGGUCGGCAAGACAGGCUUGGCAGCCAAGCAAAGCGACAGGGUAUCAUACCCCUUGGUAUCAUGACCCCAAGGGGGUAUCAAGCCGGUAAGACUGACUUGGUGGCCAGGCAACAGGGGGGCAAGACGGACUUGAUAGCCAGACAUCAGGGUAUCAAGCCUACAAGACAAGAAAUUCGACUAAGGCAUGGUGGCUAGCUGAGGUGGCCACCCGAUUAGGUACCAAACAGCCAUGUAUGGCCCUUAUGGGGCCAUAUGGAGACAAAGUCCCAAGACUUGGUACUAAGCCGACAGGGUGUAAUUUACCAACUUGAUGAGACUACAAAAACUAAGUAUGGAUACCAAGCCACCAGGGCUGGCUUGGUAGCAAGGGGUGUCAAGUUGAUUAAUUGGGCUUGGUGGCAUGCCAGAAGGUAUCAAGCCGACGAGACGGCUUGGUAACAACCAACAAGUUAAUGAGAAGGAUUUGAUGUCAUGAGGCGGUAGCGGACUCAGGAGCGGGGAGUUAUCAAGCAGUCGAGGGUGAGAUCAAGACCUCAUCAUGGUUCAUGGAGGCUAAGGCAAGAGCCUCAACCCCAUCCAGUCAUGACAAGACGACAAGGAUCAACAACAACCCGACCCGGCAUCGAGGCCAUCAAGUACCCACCAGCCCAAGAUGGGACAAGGGCCCCAAGGGUGGCGGUUACCAAUUAGUCACCAAGGCGGCAACAAGGACUCCGAGGCGGUUUGGAGCAGCAAGCCAACUAGCGGUUACAAAGGCAGUUACCAAGGCAGUUACACUCGAUGACUAUAAAUAGGAGAAACUAAAAUUGUUAAAGGGUUCCACAACCAAUCAUUUGACACACUAUGUCAAAAUUUAUCUUUUCUCUGCAACUUGCCUUUUAGUUUUUCAGAGCUCUCACUGAACCUCCAUAGGAGUAGAGUAACGUAGCUUGUUCCCAAAAAAACCAUCAAAACAUCAAACACCCUCGUUCGAACAUUGUUCGGAGAGGAGUGAACCGUGUAAUUAUCGUUGUUCGAGAAGUCAAGGUGCAUUCAUUGUGUUCAAACACCAGUUUUUCCUUGCCGGAAAACAAAUUGGCACACCUGGUGGGACACUGAGUGUUUGAUUUGAUGGCUCCACGACUGAAAGAACAAGAAGGUGAUCUUUCACUUGGAUUUAUAAAAGAGCUAGUGGCUAGGUAUGAUCUUGGCCAAUUAGCAAAAAGUAACGCCGGAAACAAUGGCGGGGCAAGUGGUCAGCCUUCUCCGGCGCCAUGUUUGGGUGUAACCACCACCACUUUGUCUCUCCACCAGUCACUGGUGGUAGAAAUGCAAUUAAUGGAGGAGGCUAUGGUGGGAUACACAAAACAAAUUGUAUCUCAACUUGAUUGUUUCCAUACUCGGCUAAAUCGGCAUUUGGAUCAACUAGAUGAGAUUUGUGAGAUAAAUGAAAAUAAUUGUAAGAAGUUUCGCCAACUUUUGAUGAAAUCAAUAUUGAGAUCAAAGGUUUUGGCGAAAGAUGGUGUAGAUCCACCAUCAAGCGUUGCUACUGGGGAUACGAGUAUUCUAAACUUCGGUGGCCGGACUACCCCGCCACGGUCAGAGAACUCAUCGUCUCCGGUGACAAGUCAACCACCUCUUCAACGUGGUGGUUGUGGCGAGAAUCUCGCUCCCACGUUCACCACUCAUGUAAAGAAAUUGCCUAUACAGACAAUUACUUUAGAAACUGCCUCAAAGGCUAGACCAUGCCUUAAUGUGAAAGUUGGUGCAGGGUCACUCACUACAAAUGUGUUCCCACAAGCUUGUCCAGCACCACUGUUAUCCACGCCCAUCAAGCCUGGUGGAUGCAACCCGCGAGGGGGGCAGGCAGAGGGGUAUGAAAGCCUACCACCUGACAAGUUGACGGUGAAAUAUCAGGCUAGGGGGCACGUUGACGUCAAGGAAAAUGGAAAAAGAACUUUGUUUAAGGACUCACCACAUUUUUCAUCUAAGUGUGGCAAGAAUGACAUGUCUCUAUCUCCAUGCAGCGGACAGGGGGGCAUGUCAUCAGACAUGAAGGAUAGAGUGAGUGGCAAGUCUAAGUGGGUGUUGCCUACCCAUGCCAUCUAUAAUUUUCAUAACUUUGACAACGUGUCAAAGAGUGCACAAGGAGGCAAGGCCCCUUGUAGCAUGCCACCCAUGAAGGGUCGACAAGGGGGCAUAUCAUCAACCACAAACAAUAGAAAGAUACACAUGCCCAAGAAGCCACAACAAACCCAAGCCACACAUGCUUGUAGUAAGAAUGUUAGUGAAGUUGAGUUUGGCAAAGGGGGCACGUCAAAAACCAUGAACAAGGCUAUGGGGGGCAUGUCUCCAACCACUGGACAGGGGGCAUGUCACCGAUAGUGAAGAAACGAGUGGAGAACAAGUCUAGGAGUGUUCAUCACGCCCAACCCACUCAAAAAAUUUAUAAGUAUGAGAUGGUGUUAAGGGAUGGACGAGGAAGGAAGUCCAUGCCUAAAGCCCCCCAGGGCAAUUUGAAACCAACACCAAAUGAGUUGUUUCCCCUAACAGAGGGAAGACAAGUAGUGUAUGGAUGGUUGGUCUGGUUUAACCCAUGGACUUGGCAGUGGCUGUACACCUUUGGCACGUUGGUAGGUGCCAAAGGGCAUGGAUAUUAGUGACGUUUGUCACUCUCUUCUAUAUUAAAAUAAAUAAAUAUAAUAUUAGUAAAAAAAAGAGAAAAGAAAAAUCGAAAGCCAAUCAUGGCUAAAAAAUACGAGGUCGAAGUGUCAAGUUUUAGUUAGAUUUGUAAUGUGAGAACCUGGUCAUAACUGAUAAGCCACACUCAUGUGGUGGCUGGAUCCAUGUCAUUUACAUGGCAUGAGCAGGUGAUUCGCUGUCGGUGUAGACCAUUUAUUGUCCAAGCCACCCGUCCAAGGAAGCCUGCUUGUCGUAAGAGGAUGGGAUGCUACAUGAUCAAUUAAUCAAUGUCAAGUAUCUCAAGCCUUAUGUCUCUUCUCUUUGGGACGUUGGUGUCAAGGGGUUCAAUGUUGGGCGGCAACCAUGGUGGCCGGCAUGCCAAGCCUCCCACACCCUAAGACAUGGCAUGAUACCCUCGUGAUAAAGCAUGGCUUGAGUA